AUGGAUCCUCCUAAAGAACACAUCAAGGCUGAACCAAUCUGUUACGAUGGAUCCGUUCUCGAGGGCAGCCAGUUCCAGUUUCAGUAUGAUACCGACGAUGCGUAUCUCAAGUCCCUCGGAAAGUCGGCUGAGUUGCAUCGCGUCUACAAUUUCUGGACAUUAUGCGCGUACCAGGUUAUGAUAAGUGCCACAUGGACAUGCGUCGUCGUUUUCUAUGGUGUCAUCUUUGACGUCGGUGGACCAGCCUCGCUUCUCUACGGAUCCAUCAUCGUCGCCAUCGGCCAAACCCUACUCAUGGCCUCACUCGCUGAAUACUGUGGCAUCUGGCCUACUGCAGGUGGUCAGCAGUUCUACGUCCAGAAGCUCGCCACCGAAAAGUACCGGCCUUUUCUGUCAUAUUUCGUCGGUUGGUGUCUGCUUCUAGCUGAGACUGCCACUGGCUCUUCUUGCGCCUUGAAUACCGCCAACAUCAUUGGCACGAUGGUGUCCAUCUUUCAUCCAAAUAUCGACUGGAAGCCUUACCAAACCUUUUUGAUAUAUCUCGGAUUGCUGGUUAUCCCGUUCCUGAUGAACUUGAAGCCCAGUGCACUCCCUUUCUACAGCACUGUCGGAGCCGUUUUCACGAUCCUCGGCUUCUUUGGCUGGGCUAUCACUCUACUCGCCACAGCCCCCAAAUCCAGCGCGACAUUCGUAUUUACCAAGUUUAUCAACAACUCGGGAUACACGAAUAACGGGUGGGUGUUCAUACUCAGUUUUUACAGCCCUCUUUAUGGCCUUUAUGGUACGGAUAGUAUGAUGCAUUUGGUUGAGGAGAUGAAGAACGCGUCUCAAGAUGCACCAAGAGCGAUGGUUUGGUCCAUGGUCCUUUCUGGUGUUGCUACCAUCGUCACUGAUCUCAUUCUGCUGUUCUGCUGCGGCAAUUACGCUGAGUACGUGACAUCCUUGUCACCAUAUGUCACCUGGUUUUCAGACGUGGCGGGAAAUGAGUACGCCGGUAUCUAUGUCGCAAUCGUGUUUGGUGUCGUAAACCUGCUUGUCUGCACCGGCAUUCUUUCUUCGUGUUCUCGUCUAGGAUGGCGCAUGGCGGAGGACAGGGCGUUCCCAUGGUCCGAUCGUCUCCAGAAGAUCGAUCAUAAGCUCCAGAUUCCUUUGAACUUUAUCUUUGCCAUUAUGGUAGUUGAAGUUAUCAUUGGACUUAUUUCUUUAGGGAGUGAAUUGGCCUACAACGCCAUCGUCAGUGGUGCUGGUGUUUGUUUCGCCCUUGCCUAUGCGAUACCAGUUACUGUGGCUCUUGUCCGAGGUCGUUCAAUUCUCCCCCCUCGCCCUCACUUUGAUCUUGGCAGAUGGGGAUACCUUGUGAACUAUGUUUCUGUUGCAUGGGCCUUACUGACUAUUGUCAUCUACGUCAUGCCGCUGUAUCUUCCAGUCACUGGGGAAAACAUCGGCAACAUGAACUGGGCUGCACUCAUUGUCGGAGCAACGUUCUUGUUUUCCGGUGUUUGGUGGGUAAUCGGAGCAAGAUUCAGAUACCUGAAGGAAGUCUCCUUUGAUAUAGAGCCGAUUUCUGUGGCGGGAGAGCAGUCCAGUAGUUCUUGA